GUUGCUCAGGCCCGGCGCGGGUGACCCAGGCCUGGCGCGGGCCGAGUCCCGCCGAACGGGGCAGGAUGAGCGGCGAGGACGGGAACGAGGAGUUCUACCGGCAGCUGCAGCUGCAGCAGCAGUACCAGGCCGAGCCCGGCGAGGGCGAGGGCGAAUCCGACCCCUUCACGUACGUGGACCCGGCGGACGGGGCCGCCUACGAGUGGGACCGGGAGAAGAAGGCCUGGUUCCCCAAGAUAACAGAAGAUUUCCUGGCAACCUAUCAUGCCAACUAUGGCUUCCACGCAGAUGAGACAGACACUUCAUCUGCCCCUGGCACAGCCACUGAAAGUAAGCAGCCAGUAAGUUCUAAGACAGCAGGAACACAACCAUCAGCAAAUGAGAAAGGACCAAAACAAACAGAUCCAAAACAAAAAUCAGAAAAAAGAAAGCUGGAGCCAGGAUGGUUUCAUGUUGAAGAAGACAGAAACACAAAUGUUUAUGUGACUGGUUUACCUCCAGACAUUACAAAGGAUGAAUUUGUACAAGUCAUGUCAAAAUGCGGUAUCAUUAUGCGAGAUCCUCAGACAGAAGAACACAAAAUCAAACUGUACAAAGAUAAGGAAGGAAAUCUUAAAGGAGACGGCCUCUGUUGCUAUCUGAAGAGAGAAUCAGUUCAACUUGCAUUGAGGCUUCUGGAUGAGGCAGAAAUCCGAGGCUAUAAAUUGCAUGUGGAAGUUGCAAAGUUCCAACUGAAGGGGGAGUAUGAUGCAAGCAAAAAGAAGAAGAAAUGUAAAGACUACAAGAAGAAGCUGUCUCAACAGCAGAAACAGCUGGAUUGGAGGCCGGAGAAGAAAGAUGGUGCAACUCGAAUGCGACAUGAACGCAUCGUUAUUAUCAGGAAUAUGUUUCACCCAAAGGACUUUGAGGAGGAUCCCUUAGUGCUAAAUGAGAUCAGAGAAGAUCUGCGGACAGAGUGUGAAAAGUUUGGACAAGUAAAGAAGGUUCUCAUAUUUGAUCGACACCCUGAUGGCGUGGCUUCUGUGUCAUUUAAAGAGGCCACAGAAGCUGAUCUGUGCAAGCUCACUCUAAAUGGAAGGUGGUUUGGUGGCCGUCAGCUCAGUGCUGAAACAUGGGAUGGUGUAACAGAUUAUCAGGUGGAGGAGACUGCAAGAGAAAGGGAAGAAAGGCUGAAGGUGUGGGAGACAUUUUUAGGGGAUCCUGAUGCAAAGGAGCAGCAAACUACAUCUGGUUCGGAUUCUGCAUCAAGUAGCGUUAAAGCGCCUGAAGGCAAACAACCUCCAGGAGUUAAUGACACACCUAAGGAGGGUGCAAAUGAUGAAGCUCCUAAGAGGGAGAAUAAUGGUGAGGGCAUUAAUGAAGAUGGAGCUCCAUCCACAGACAGCAGCCUUGCAGGCAGCGAUGGUGAAGCUGAUACAUAGCACCUUUAAUGCUUUACGAAAGCAUGAUUUUUAGGGUGAUGUUUGAGUUGAUCCCUUUCUUCAGGGUGACUGCAGACAAUAUUCAUAUGAAUAUAGGCAUAUUAGAAUGUCAUCAACUGUGUGCUUUGAAGUUUUCAUUAAAAGCAGUAUUUAAUGAGGUUCUAAAAGUUUGUAUUAAUUGGCUGUUCAGGUAAAGUAACUCAAGUUGCCAAGAAUGCAGUAAAACUCAUCAGGCUUCUUUUGUUCUAACUAUGCUUGUCAAUGUUCCAUCAUGUGAGUGUGAAAUACAUUCUAACCCUUAAGUUUAUGUAACUGUAUGUAACUUAAGUAAUGCAAAGCUAUUACAAGAUUUGUGGAUUUUACUGUUAAUUUUCCUGUACCCCUUGGAACUCAGUAUUUCAUCCUUUAAAAUGAUUUGUGUCCUGAGUACUUUGGUUCAUUUUAUGGAACAGAUGCUGUGAUACAUAUGGGGUGAAUGCAUAGGAUGUGUUGCUAUUCAUUAGGUAGCAAAUGAUACGAGUAGUACCAAGUCACAAACUUAAAAGAAGUGGAAAACAGCGUUGCCAUAACCACCCUCAGGCAAACCGAGUGAAGACAGAUUAUUAAAUCACAGCAUUCAGUAAAUUACUUUUUCCUUCCCCUAUUUAGACCUUUUGUUGAUGUUAGAUAGAGGCUGGAAUUAUGUCAAGGAGACUAGAAAUGCAUGAGCACACACAUUUUAGGACAUAAUGAAAUAGAUAGAUCUUAAACUCUCAUGGUCUGUAUGCAGUAGGUAUCAAAAUAGGCUUUCAAUUUUUGUGGUGGCUUUAUUAGUUUUUGCUUUUAUAUUAAAGGUUUUUGUUCCACUUUGUUAGCAUGAUGAGUGUAAGUUCUCAACAUUUUAGUUUAGCCCUGCAUGCUCUUCAGAGUGGGGAGGAUCUUCCAUAUUUCAUAAGAUUUAAAGGCUUUUGGCAGCUCAAACUACAGUUUGUUGUGCAGAAGUUAGAAAACUUGAAAACAUGCUUUCAAAUAAUGCUCUUAAAAAACAAAUGCUAGCCCUCUUAGAAAUAUUUCCAAAAGCAAGGAUUUAGAAGACAUUCUAACUUCAGGUAUCUUAAUACAUGGCAGGCUAUCAAAAAUAACUGAGGGAGCUGUUUUGGGCAUAGUCAUUCUUAAUUUAGAAUCCUGUUAUUUUGAUAAGUAAGGGUAGAAGAAUAUGGAUUUAGGCACUAAAUAAUUAAAAUACUGGUGCUAAAUUCAUAGCACGUUGUUCAUAUGGGUGGUAACCAGUACACAUUUGUAAGGAGGAUCUGUUGAAUUGUUUUAAUUCAUAUUGGAUUGCAAGAAACUAUAGAUGCUAAUUCCUGUAUUUCCAUCAUGAGGUAUUUGGAAUACUCUGAAAAUUUGUGCUCUGAGAUUACCAUAUAUAUUUUUUCAAGAAGUCUAUAUGGUUCUCUUAUUUUGUUGGGGUUUUUUUUAAUAUAUAAUCAGUAUGUGUGGGUAGCUAUGCCAACCAGGGCAUCUAAGUUAACACCUACCACUGUAGUUAUAAGUUACAUCUUUUUUGUGACAAAAAAUACCUGAUCUUACAACAGAGAUUAUAUUUGAAUUCAGAGGUUAAAAGUCGAGGGCUCAUUAUAAGCUGGCAUGACAAAUGUCCCUUUUUGAGUUGCAUUAUAAGGGAGAGCUGUAGCUCUUGCCAGCUAAAAAAGUCCGUUUGCUCCUGUUUCCAAGUGUGAAUUGUACGUUUCAGCAAAGCAGGUCUUUGAAGAAUUCAGGGGAUCUGAAACACUGCCUGCUUAGUAGCUGCACGUGGUGGCAUGUUCUGAUACAUCUCUGGGUUGUGUUGGUUCUGCCUUAGUUAUUUUUAUUGGUAAUAAGCACCACAGACCUUUGAGAGCUGGGAGUGUUUGCAUGUGAGGAGUGAUUUAAUGUGGUGGGUAUUGCUUUCAGUGCUCCUUUUUUUCCUUCCAGCUUCUAGACUCCAGGCUUUAGAUCAAUUACUCUUGUGUUUUGUUUGCUUCAUUUUUUUUUUAAAGGAGCCCCAGUCAUGUAACACUACACAGUUAAAUCACCUGUUUUACAGUGGAAUUGCAACUGAUGUAGGGAAACUUGUGGACAAAUGUAUAAAACUUGUACAGUUCUAUGAAGCCUUAUUAUGGUAUCAGAUAUGAAAAAUAAGGUUAGUGUAGUGUAUUAUUUGAGAAAUAAAGAAUCAUUUUAUGUGCAGUGACCUUCCUCUCUCCAAUUGAUGUACACAUUUGACUGGCUUGCUGCAGAAGUGCAGUUGAUGUCAGUCCUUUCACCUUUCUCUCUAGACCUCACACUGAAAUAGAGCACCAAGAAAGACUGAGACCAAAUGCUUUACUGGCUUUCCUAUUAAAUAGGGUUCUUAAGGAAAUAAAAGCUGUUUUUUCAUGCAAAUACGUUGUUCUGAAGUGUGGCAUUACACUCAAACUGGUAUUUUCCUUUUGUCUACCUCUGUUUUCCCCAGUAAAAUGUAAAAAUAUAUUUUUAUAAACUACUCAUUGAGUUAUUGCAUUUAGUAGUCCAAGGAGAGGUUAAUGCAGCUGUAACUUUCUUUUCAGCAGAUUUUCAUUCAGACUGAAUUCUUCUGACAUUUUCCUUUUUUGAAAUGAUGCAAAUUUUUAUAAAUUAAUCUGAACAGAAAUAAAAAAAUCACAAAAGUUAAAAUUACUAUUUUGAAGUAUGACUGUGACAAUCUUGUUGUAUAGAGCAGUAAUGUUUAAUACCAAAUUUUAACAAAUCUGAAGCUGAAUAAGGUGAGUUGCUUUUUAAACUUACGUAUUUUUCUGACUGAGCAGCAUCAUACAUAAGUUGGUAAGAAAUUAAAACCCCCAUGGAAUUUUCAAUGUAUUUGUUCUUUAAUUAAAAGUGCUGUUUAAUUACUUGCUCACUAGAAAUGACAAAAUCAAACUUUUUGUUUGAUUUCUAAUAUAUUGUAAGCUUUUGGUGAGAGGUUCAUUGUAAGAGAAUCUGUCUCCUUCCCUCUGAGUAUGAUGAAAACAAUAACCAGCAGGAGGCUGAAACAAUUUGUGGAUAAUCCUUGUUGCUCAGUUUUGAACUGGAGAAAUACUUGUUUCUAUUAGUUCACACAGUGUAACAAAAUGGAUGUGAAGCCACUUAAACACAACAGCAGGGACAGAGUAUUAACUGAUCCUUCAGUACAAUUCAGCAAUAAUUGCUUUUUUAACCAUACCAGCCAAAAUCAUUUCUUAGCUUCAAGAUACAUUGGUAGUUUGCUUUACAGUCAACUGCUCUUUAGUGCUUUGCUGGCAAGGAAGUUUUAUGGGGUUACAGGUAUUUGCCAGAGAUGACGUGGCUUGAGGAGCAAGGCCAAGGUAGACACCUGGAAACAAAAAGCCCCGAAAGAAAAGGGUUUCUUGAAGGCUUUCUCUUUUUCUCGCAGGUUCUGGAAUGUUCAUAUACAGCUGUAAAGAGAGAAUUAGCUUCAUUUUGCAUCAAAAUGUUUAUCUGUUUCUCCUGCCUUUUUUUUUUAAUUACUUUUUUUAAUUGAAUUUCAGUCCCUCGUACAGCUUACAUUUUGUAUAAGGAUUGCAAUUCACUUAAAAUCAUUAGUAUGUUAAAUGCAGUGCAUUUUAGCUAAAUGUCCUAGACAUUAUUCAGUUAAGGUUAACCUAUUUACAAUUACGAAUAAUUCACUUAAUUCACUUAACUUGAAGGUAUUGGAUGCUUCAUAGAAACCCAAACUUGCCUUUAAAUUUUCCAGUAAAAUCGAUAUUCGUACCCUGAAUUCUUGAACCUAAACAAAACAAAUUGGAGAAAAAAAAAUUAAAAAUACUUACCUAUAGAUGUUAAUUGGAUUUUAAGUUCUCAUUUCUGAAUUUGAGGAAACAUACUGCAGUAUGGGAAAUGAAUUCUGUGAGUUGUGUACUUGUGUUGAUUUGACUUGUGUGUAUUUUAGUGCUUAUUAUACACGGCUUGAAGUCUUACUGUCAGGAUACUCUGGAAGUUCUGUAAAAUAUUUAUAGAAUUAUGAAAUCUUUUGCAGCAAAUUGGUUUUUUGCUCAUUCUGUAAUAAGAAAGUAUAUUGUUAGAUUAAACUUUUCAGUAAGUUGACUUGGAA